AUGAAUCAGAAUUCCUCAGGCGCUCUGUCACUACCGCCGGAAAUAUGGGACAGCAUUUGCGCGCUGCUGCUUAAACCCAGCUUGUCUCGUCUGAGGCUCGUUUCUUCUGGAUUUGACCGUAUUGCCCUACCCUGGGUCUACAGAAACCUGCGUCUUGAGGGCUUUGGUAACUCUGCUGAGCGCUUCAUUGAGAUCGCCAAGUCCCCUAAGCUUCGCGACCUAGUCCGAGAGCUCACGGUGGACACCUCGGUUGGCCUUGAGUUUUCAUACAAGUCCAACUGGGCGUAUCCAUUCCCUGCCUCUUUUAUGGAUGCUCUGCCAUAUCUACGUUAUUUCGGCUACCUUGCGGCCCUCCACCUCCGAUUUAACGAGUAUUGCGGUGAGGAUGAUCGGAGAGGUGUGAGCAUGGAGGAGACGUGGGACUUUCGAUAUGGUGUCCUCGAUACUGUGUGCCACUGCGUUGCAGGCAUGUGGACUCCCGAUAAACAGAUCGAGAUUGACAAGAAGAGCGAGCACCAGUGGCAGGAAUACACCCGAAAGCGCGCUGAUCCUGAGGAUGAUCUCGGCCUCCCGUUUGAUCAGGUCAUACAGCUCAAGGAGCUGACAGUCACGAACCUGGCCGAUUUCUACGACACUCAUCUGGUUGCCUCGGGAGCCUUGAAGAAAGUCAUGUCCCUUCCAAGUCUAACCGACCUUAAGCUGCUCAUCGCCACCGAGAUUGACGAAAGCAUGAAUGAUAGCCCUGUCUUCUAUGAGGAGAAGUACGAGUUCUUUGACCGUCUUCCUGAAACGUGGCUGGCCCCCAGCAUCAGCGAUAACUUGCGUGUCCUGUCGCUGUACUACAAUGAAUACUGGGGCUGGCUCCCGAAGAUGGACUUUCGUGGCAUGGCUUUCCCGCGGCUUAAAGUGCUCGCGCUCGGACAAUACGUCUUUAGCCACGACUGGCAGAUUGACUGGAUUGCCUCUAUCGGCCAGGAGAAUGGGAGUGGUGGUCUGGAGGAGCUGUAUCUCGACGACUGCCCCAUUAUGUUCCAGGCUCUUCAGGCGAGUCCAUUGGAUGAAAAAGACCCUGGAUAUCCUCUUCUCAGCACCAUACUUGACGGGGCGGCUGAAGAUCUGUUCAAGUACCCAAUGAGAUGGCAUCAUGUGCUUCCCCGGUGGGCUACGGCUCUGAAGGCCUUGAGGGUUUUCCGCAUGGGCCAUGGAUCAUGGCACUUUGCACCAGAAGAUACGUUCAAAUCUGUCCUUCAAGAGUUUCGGGACGUUGACGAAGAUGUGCUGCGUUACCGCCUGUCCCAGAACUCGCACAGGAGCUUUGCUUGUCCUGGACCGCUAGUCAGUGACUGCGACGGCGUUGAGGAUCCUUUCCAGGUGUGGGAAUCGGGCAAGUACGUGAACGGAACCGGCAUCAACGGGAGUGGGGCAUACAAGUUGCAGUAUAUCGAGUACGAGCAUAUCUCUAGUUCACCUUGGAUGGAGACGUUCUGGGAUCAUAUGUCUGAUGAUGAAGGCUUUGAGCCGGAGGAGGGAACGUGGGUUAAGGACCUUGCUGCGUUUGAGGCGCUCUGUUCUGCAGUCGAGGCGAGAAGGUGA